UUUUCUCCAUUAGAACUCUCUUCUUUGAACACAUCCACCUGCUUCUCCCCAGAACCUGAGGCUCAGAACUGAGUCCUAAGUGAGAACAGAGGUUCCGGGCAUGCUCGGUAACCAAAGCCAGGGUGUAAUUAACUGCUCCUGCCCUGACGCAGGGCCCUUACAGGUGGCAGGUAGCAGCGCUUCUGGGCAGAGACUUGCCCUGUCUUGUACAGCUGAACAUCUGCUUUCUGAGGCCAAUCUGACAUCCUUAUAACCCAAGUUUAUAAAGUGGGGAUGUCCGCAGUUUCCAAACAAUAAAACGGAGGGAAUUAUUUCGGAAAAAUUAAAAUGCCUGGCAGGAGAUUGUCAGAGUUCCACCUAUACACGUAUAUCAAGUUUUAAAUAACGCUGUGGUUAAGACAAAAAAGAGGACGGAGCCAGGGGUUGAGUAUAAAUGGUGCCCUACUUUGAACCUCAUUGGGUAGAUCAAAGAUUUUAAAAGGGUUUUCUGAAGUUGCCCAGCGCCUAGAAUUUCAAGGACCGUAUCCGCAGCCUCUUUCCUAAAGAGGGUGCGUUUCUGGGGGAGGUGAGUGCGCGCGCGCCAGGGGAGGGCCGGCCGCGGAGAGGGGCCAAGGCUCUCCCGAAUCAGCAGUCAGGGAGAGGCUCUGCGGGCGCCCACGGGGCAGAGGGGAGCGGGUCCGAGGGCCGGAGAAGGGGUCCGAGACGCGCAGAGGGGCUGUUAGCUAGGCGACCUGAAUGCCUUUGAUACCUGAAGCCGCAGCCUGCAGACGCUGAUAGCGGAUCCCGAGCGCACGCGGCCCUGAGCCUCCGGGGUUCUCCCCGCUGCUUACUCGGACCUCGGGCACAAGGACUGCUGAAGAAGAUGGGCAUGUGAACAAUGAGAAUGCUUGGCUCUUGCUCUUGCUUAGGCUGGAGUGCAGUGGUAUGAUUAUGGCUCACAGCAGCCUCAACCUCCUGGGUUCAAGUGAUCCUCCUGCCUCAGCCUCCUGGGUAGCUGGGACUACAGGUAAAUAACACCGACUGAGUUCCUACUGUGUAUCAGGCCAGGGCCAUGGUGUACAGCUGAGCAGGUUGCGCAGUGCACAGUUCCGGGAGCUGCAGUCACGGCCUCCACCCCAACCACCAUCCCUGGCCCAUCAGGCAUUUCCGUGUAUCAGCUUCAUCUGUCCAUGUGACAUCCACGUAAGGCAGCUCUGGUGUAAUGGAUCUGGCACUGGGCUUGGUGGCCUCAGAAGUUGAGGGAUUGAGGAGACUGAAGAAAGUUGAAGACAGUCUGAUGAGCUCAGCUGGUAGGCUCCACUAUCUCGCCAUGACAGCUGAAAAUUCCACUCCUGGAGACCUGGCUCCGGCACCCCUCAUCACUUGCAAACUCUGUCUGUGUGAGCAGUCUCUGGACAAGAUGACCACACUCCAGGAAUGCCAGUGCAUCUUUUGCACAGCUUGCCUGAAACAGUACAUGCAGCUGGCAAUCCGAGAGGGAUGUGGGUCUCCCAUCACUUGCCCUGACAUGGUGUGCCUAAACCAUGGGACCCUGCAGGAAGCUGAGAUUGCCUGUUUGGUACCUGCAGACCAGUUUCAGCUUUAUCAGCGCUUAAAAUUUGAAAGAGAAGUUCAUCUGGACCCCUACCGAACAUGGUGUCCUGUUGCAGACUGUCAGACAGUGUGCCCCGUUGCAUCGAGUGACCCAGGACAGCCUGUGCUGGUGGAAUGCCCUUCUUGCCACCUGAAAUUCUGCUCGUGUUGCAAGGAUGCUUGGCAUUCAGAGGUCUCCUGUAGAGACAGUCAGCCUGUUGUCCUGCCAACAGAGCACGGAGCCCUCUUUGGGACAGAUGCAGAAGCCCCCAUUAAGCAAUGCCCAGUCUGCCGGGUUUAUAUCGAACGCAAUGAAGGCUGCGCUCAGAUGAUGUGUAAAAACUGCAAGCACACGUUUUGCUGGUACUGUCUCCAGAACCUGGACAAUGACAUUUUCCUCAGACAUUAUGACAAAGGGCCAUGCAGAAAUAAACUAGGCCACUCGAGAGCAUCAGUGAUGUGGAACCGAACACAGGUGGUAGGGAUUCUCGUAGGCUUGGGCAUCAUUGCCUUGGUGACUUCACCUUUGCUACUCCUGGCCUCCCCAUGUAUAAUCUGUUGUGUUUGCAAGUCCUGUCGGGGCAAGAAGAAAAAGCACGACCCAUCCACAACCUAAAGGUUUCUGUGUUCACAUGCCCCAGAUGUGUGAAUUACAUGAGACGGCGCAGUGAUAAAGCCCCACUUAGUGACCUUGCCUCCUCCUCCUUGCCAACUUUGAAAGUGCCUCUGUUGACCUUGUCUGCCAGCCUUCAGCAUCGGGAAAGGCCAAAUCCUGGGUGUGCAUGUUCCUGUGUAACGAGAACUGGGCUUGACAGUCCAGCUGUGUCUAUGGAGCAUAUCGGGAGCUUUGGGGUUGCUUGGGAUGAAUGAACAUAUCAUUUUACCAUCCAAAGUAUCUCACUGGACUGUUCAACUUCCAGCCAAAUUCAAGGAGCUUGAGUGAACAUUUGAUGUAACCAGUGUGUUGUCGUAGUUGGCAAUGUGCAAAAUAACCGAGAAGCCAGAGCCUGUUCUGUGUCGAUUUGACUACCACGAGAAACACAGGAGAAACCCGAUAAGGAGGAGAAGCAUGAGACUGCAUAAGGAGAAAUCCUCGUAGGAGCUACAAAGCAAGCUGCUGAUCUCAGCAAUUGACAUGGUGGUUGUGCCUCUGCUGGCUACUGGGUGUGCUGUCCCCAAUGUUCCCACUAUGAUUUGGCAGAAACAUAAUAGGUUUCUCCUGUAUGAACUCAGUUUCAAGAAGGAGAAACUGCCGUGCAGAGGGAGUUGUCCUUUUUCAGUCAAAGAGUUGCAGCCUGUUAAACGAUAUGGUGUAAUUUAGUGUCUCUCCCUUGGCAAGUGUAAGUUUUCUGAGUUGGCCAGCUUGUCUCUUACAGCUGGUAGUUUUGGUCUACAAAAUUGUUUCAUACAAAAUACAGGUAGAGUGAUAGUUUCAAAACUUUUGUCAUAGGUAACUGGGACCUUUCUAGGAGUCUGUGUUCACACAUCCAGUAGAUUUGGAAUCAGGCCUAAGAGUACACAUGGAAGUAAAUAUUAAAGUGUGUAUCAUGUACAUCUAGAAUCCAUGUGACUUGCAGCCUACCUGUAAUUUCUAUCCAUUGAGCAUGCAUGGAUAUACCCAAUAGCACACACAAAAUAAAUGUUUACUUAAAAGCCAUUCUAUCCUUCUGUGACUGAAAUGGUUUAUUGCAAAUCUGCCUAAAGAUUUUUUGCAUAUUAUAUAUGUGAAUUUUGGUUGUAAGUUCAUAACUUACCCAAGGGCAUAGACUCCUAACUCUUUUAAAACAGUGCUUAGGACAAUAUCCUGCCAUCUCUGUUUGUGAAAACACUAAUGGAUAAGUGAGUCGUUUAUGUUUUCAAACACAGAGCAGCUCUGCUCAGCACAAUUUACUGCUCUUUCAGCAUCUGUUAGGACAGUCUGAAUACUUUCUAUGUUAUAAGGCCCUGAUAAAACAACAAAAACACGUAAGAAAUAAAAUAGAAACGCUUUAUAUAUUUUAGUUUAAAUUUAUCACCUCAUUGUUACUUUUUUUCCAUUAUGCCAUGAGUCAGAUUUGAAUAACGAGGUUUUGAAAGAAUAAAACCUUUUCUCCAAUGACAGGAUUACGUAUCUGCUAUUGGCAAUGCAGCCUGGUGAUUUAUGAGACCUAUGCUAAAUGUUACUGGAGAGUGCUUGAAGCCAGGGGUGCCAUAUCAGGAACUGUUCAGGAUCUACGGUAUUUUCUGAGGUAACUGGGUAAUAGAAUAUCAAAUUGCUGCUAUCUCUGACCUAUUAUUAAAGGAUGAUGCUUUGCCUAUGUAAUAGGAUGUAUCCUAAGUGGGGAUGUGUAUAUUUAAGGAACUUUAAUUCACAUGUAUAUAUUGAUAUCUGAUGUAUUUGUAGUACAUCUAUUGGUCAUGUACAUUUUAAUUUACAUGUUAUAUAGAAUAUAGAUGAGAACUCUGGGAAAACUUGGGAAGGGCAACGAACCAAAAUUAUUUUUAAUCAUUUAUUAGAAAUUUCUCAAUAUUGUGUCUUUGUUUUCUUUUGAAACUCUAAAUACUUCAGAAAAAAAACUCUAUCAGUGUAAUUCAUAUAAUUAUAGAUUUACAUAUAUUUGAAUAGUUAAUUUGCUUUUUACACAGAGCCUACUGCCUUGUUAUAGGUAAAAGGCAUUUGUAACUGCUCAGGGGAUUACAGGAACUCAGCUGCAACUGAAUUUUUGUAACAAGCAUGUUAAUAGUGGCAAUAUCCUCUGUUAGUAAACUCUUUAAGCUUGGUGCCACUAAGAGUCUUUAAACAGAGGCUGAUUUUGAGUAACCUAAAAUACUUUGUUAUCAGAGGAUGGGAGAAAUAUAUAUGCUAUUUCCUUGGCAAAUUGAAGGAAUUUGCUGCCUUACAGAGAUAGUAUCACCGAAUUAGCUGCUUACUUUUUGGCCAGGGCUAGGGAGUGCGGGUUGUUUGUCAAACUGUUUUUCAAGAACUGGAUUUAAUUUUUUUUUUUUUUAUGUUGAGAAGUGCCUGAAAAAUGGUAAAUUCUUUUGAAAUGUGUGUGAGAUUGUCAGAAUCAACAAAACCAGGCUAGUUAAACAUAUCUGGUGCCCUAGAGACUGUUUACAAAGGAGAGAGCUGGCAACGUGUUUUUUUCUUUUUUUUGGACAAGGUCUCUCUUUGUCACCCAGGCUGGAGUACAGUGGCGUGAUCAUGGUUCACUGCAACCUCUGCCUCCUGGGCUCAAGUGAUCCUCCCACCUCAGCUUCUUGAGUAGCUGGGAUUACAGGCACACACCACUACGCCUGGCUAAUUUUUGUAUUUUUUGUAGAGAUGGGCUUUCUCUCUAUUGCCCAGGCUUGUCUCAAUCUCCUGGGGUCAAGCGAUCCACCCACCUUGGCCUCCCAAAGUGCUGGGAUUGAAGGCAUGUGUGUCACCAUGCCUGAGAGCUGACGAUUUUAACCAACAACUUUGAUAACAGAGGCUGAUAUUCUUGUUUUAGUUAAUUGGCCAGAGACAGAGUUUACCCACGCUUCCUCUCUCAGUCUGCCAGAUUUGUUCUUUCCUAGUGAUUCUCUUUCUGUAUUAAGAGGAAGUAUGAGGUAUCCAUAUGGAUGUUUGGAUGCUAUGGCAAGAAUCUUUUUGUGUUUAGAGUGUAGAAAUAAAAAAAUCCAUCACCAAACUGUAAUCUGGAUGUAAUAGCCCAGCAUCCGGAAAUCCUAUGGGAUGUUAUUAUAACAACGUCUUGCCAUUGUCCCAUCUAGGAAAUUUUCCCUUGUUUUGAGGUAGGGAAGUGAGGAGAAAAGCCACGUGGAAGCAAAUGUUAGAAUCUUAGGUGUCCUAUUUGUUCAUGCCAUGGGUAUUUGCUUUGGACUUGGAGUCUGUACUUUGAAAGAGGCCUUUGAACAAUAAUUCAGUGUGAAUUUUCUUGUAGCAUUCUUCAUGAAAAUAUUGCCCAGGUUUGCAAGUGUACAUGUUUAUUUGAAUGUAAAUCACUGUUUCUUGGAACCCUAUGUUUUUUCUUAAAAAUUAUUCUGAAUCUAAAUAUGUAUUACUUUAGCCUUCCUUACACAAUACUUAUAAAAGACUUUUCUUUCUGUUCAUGAGUGGAUGCCUGUAUGUGAUAGUUGUGUGUAUGUGUGUAGCUUUCAGGACAAUUUCAGAAAUGCAUUAGAUGAAUGACAUUUUAUAAAGCGAUCACAAUUGAUUUCUACAGGCUAUUAUGUCUCAUGUUGAUUCAUGAUCCAGGAAGUUUUAUGUAUUUAAAAAAUUGCUAUUGUAUUGUAUUUUUCCAAUGUUGGGGGAAGAAAAUAGUUGUUUUAGUGUCUCUAGCCACAAUAAAUGUGAGCAGGAAAUUAA